AUGGCCGAAGAUUUGAAACCAAGAUACUCCGAAACUACAAAAUGGGCAGAUGAAAAAUCUAUAGAGAGAAACCCCAGAAGAAAAUCUACAGCGCUGCGUAGCCCCUGCCGAGGUCGGAACACAAUGCUUAGAAACUCUUCCAUUAUCUCCGGUUCAGCUGCGCAGCCACAGACCUUUCAUUCAGGAAUGAUAGCGAAAGGUCGAACAUCCAGAUUUGUGGAAGAACUUAGCAGCGAUGAGAACUUACCGAGCUUGGUAAAGAAUACGGGGGCUGCCAAGACGUUUGAUGAAAUGCCACUGCCUCCUGGGAAAGUAAGGUCGGCAACUGCAUGCGAGGAGCAGACGAAAGUUGAGGAAGCUGAAUGCUGGUUUAGGAAAUGUGGGCUGAUGUAG